CCAUAAUAUUUAAAAUCUGGGACAAAGAACCGUCUGGACGGAACUGCUUCCAUUGCAAAACCUCAGCGCGGCCCGGGAGCGGCCGGCGCGCCGGAGCCAGGAGCAGCCCCUUUAAAAAGCGGAGUACAGUAUUGGGAUUCCUGAAACCUGAAACCUAGACGCCGAAUCGCGGCGGAAACCAGACGGAAAACCUUGAACUCCUCCAGACAAUUGCUUCCGGGGAGUUUCGGGACAGAGUGGAGGAAUAAAGGGCCCGAGAGGAGGGGCCCCUCGGAUGGCGCGCCCCUGAGGGUCCUGGCGAGUUCGAGGAGCGUGGGAAGGAGAGGACCCUACCCUGUCCCUGGGCUGCGGGCCAUGGCCACCGUGGAGCCGAGAGCCCUCGGCACUGGCUUCAAGUGGCUCUCUUUGGCCACUUUUGUGCUCAUCUGCGCCGGGCAUGGGGCACGCAGGGAGGAAGGGGGUCCAGCCUGCUACGGGGGAUUUGACCUGUACUUCAUUUUGGACAAAUCAGGAAGUGUGCUGCACCACUGGAAUGAGAUCUAUUACUUUGUGGAACAGUUGGCUCAUAAGUUCAUCAGCCCACAGCUAAGAAUGUCCUUUAUUGUCUUCUCUACUCAAGGAACAACCCUAAUGAAGCUAACAGAAGACAGAGAACAGAUUCGUCAAGGCCUUGAAGAACUCCAGAAGGUCCUGCCAGGAGGAGACACUUACAUGCAUGAAGGAUUUGAAAGGGCCAGUGAGCAGAUUUAUUAUGAAAACAGUCAAGGAUACAGGACAGCCAGCGUCAUCAUUGCUUUGACUGAUGGAGAACUCCAUGAAGCUCUCUUUUUCUAUUCAGAGAGGGAGGCUAACAGAUCCCGAGACCUUGGUGCAAUUGUUUACUGUGUCGGCGUGAAGGAUUUCAAUGAAACACAGCUGGCCCGGAUUGCGGACAGUAAGGACCACGUAUUUCCUGUAAAUGACGGCUUUCAGGCUCUGCAAGGCAUCAUCCACUCAAUUUUGAAGAAGUCCUGCAUCGAAAUUCUAGCCGCUGAACCAUCCACCAUAUGUGCAGGAGAAUCAUUUCAAGUAGUCGUGAGAGGGAAUGGCUUUCGGCACGCUCGCAACGUGGACAGGGUCCUUUGCAGCUUCAAGAUCAACGAGUCGGUCACCCUCAAUGAAAAGCCCUUUGCUGUGGAAGAUACGUAUUUGCUGUGUCCAGCACCUGUCUUAAAAGAAGUUGGCAUGAAAGCCGCACUCCAGGUCAGCAUGAACGAUGGCCUGUCUUUCAUCUCCAGUUCUGUCAUCAUCACCACUACACAUUGUUCCGAUGGCUCCAUCCUGGCGAUCGCCCUGCUGAUCCUGUUCCUGCUCCUGGCCCUGGCUCUCCUCUGGUGGUUCUGGCCCCUCUGCUGCACCGUGAUUAUCAAGGAGAUGCCUCCACCCCCUGCUGAGGAAAGUGAGGAGGAAGACGAUGAUGGUCUGCCUAAGAAAAAGUGGCCUACGGUGGAUGCCUCUUACUAUGGUGGAAGAGGUGUUGGAGGCAUUAAAAGGAUGGAGGUUCGUUGGGGAGAAAAGGGCUCCACAGAAGAAGGUGCUAAGUUGGAAAAGGCAAAGAAUGCUAGAGUCAAGAUGCCAGAGCAGGAGUACGAAUUCCCUGAGCCUCGGAACCUCAACAACAACAUGCGCCGGCCCUCCUCCCCCCGCAAGUGGUACUCUCCCAUCAAGGGAAAGCUCGAUGCCUUGUGGGUCCUACUGAGGAAAGGAUACGAUCGCGUGUCAGUGAUGCGUCCACAGCCGGGAGACACGGGCCGCUGCAUCAACUUCACCAGAGUCAAGAACCAUCAGCCCGCCAAGUACCCCCUCAACAACGCCUACCACACCAGCUCACCGCCGCCCGCGCCCAUCUACACCCCGCCGAACCAAGGAAUCCUCACCCCUGUGCACCACCCAGGAAGGUGGAAACCCUUUGCCUACAAUUUGGGGGAAAGCUCGGAGUAG